CGUCGAGCCGUCGCCGCUCGUGCGCGGCGGCGCGGCACGGGCUGCGUCGCCUUCGCCGUCCUCGGUUCGUCGCCGUCGUCGUCGCGCCGCCGUCGUUUCCGCUUCGCUUCGUCGUCGUCUUCGCUUCGUCGUCGCCGUCGUCGCGGUCGUCGCCGUCGUCGUCGUCCGAGUUCGGACAUAUACGCGUUUCCCGCCAUCUUGGGUGCCUGCCGGAGGUGGGUUUCUUCGUCGCCGCGGCUGGAUCCGCCUGGGUCAAAGUUCUUGCCAGAACGCGCCCCAGGAAUUAGCAGGGAGGAGUCAUCAUCGUUUUCGUCGUCCUCCUCCUCAGGAUGGCUUGAUCGCGGAGUGGGCCUUGGCCUGGGAGAGCACGCACGUCCUGGCCAAGCUGGUUGCGCCUGUCGACAUCGGCCACUUCGCGCACACGGUUUUCGAGGAGUACUGGCACCUGGCCCCGCACUCCGGCAAGGGCGGGUGCAGCGCGACGGCUCGCUGGGUCAGGUCGCUGGCGAGGCCCCAGGACGUGGCCGACGUCCUGGCCCGCCAGUCCCUGCUGCGCGGCGCCGGGGCGGCCCGGGCCUCGCAGAUGCUGCGGCUCGUGCGCCACCGCGGCGGCGGCGGCGGCCUCGAGGCCCGCGCGGUGGCCGACGACGGGUCGCCCGAGGUGGAGGCCUACCGGGCCUUCAGCGAGGGCUUCUCCGUGGUGCUGACGGGCGUGGAGCGCCUCUUCGAGCCAGCGUUCAAACUAUGUAGCCGCAACACCCGAUGUCCCUGGAGCUGGGCUUGCCCGUCCACGCCAACGCCUACCUGACGCCGCCCGGGGGCACCUCCGCCUUCGGGUUCCACGCGGACCCGUGGUCGGUGCUCGUGCUGCAGACGCACGGCAGCAAGACGUGGCACAUCGGCGGCACCAGGAGAGCGCCCAGACUCACGUGGCCUGUCGGGGUUCCUGGAGACCUACGUGGAGCGGCAGGGCCGCAUCGAGCGGAUCCUCGCGGAGAGCGGGGCGCCGAGCCCAGCGGCGCGGCAGGGGGCGGCGCGGCGCCGCGAGCUGCUUGCCGCCACGGCCUCCUGAGUUGUCCUCCUCCUCCUCCUUCUCCUCCUCCUCCUCCUGCUCCUCCUCCU